GCAAAAGACCGAGAGCCCGAGACGGAUGAGCCGCGGCUACCGCCGCAUCUUCGCGGCGAAUAAGCGCCGCACGUCGACACAUGAGGGCCUGAUUGCGCAGAGGAGGCAGCGGAGGUCUUGGCCAGCGAGCAGAGAACUCCCGGUGCAUUGGCGGGGAUGGUGUGCCGAGUGGUCCGAGGCUGUAGGUUCCAGUUCUGGAAGCGCAAGGGCAGCGCCGUGACCUUCGCGUGUGUCAUGGUGCUGCUGGCCGCCCUGUCGACCCUGCUCUUUGUGGAUGCCAUCGAGUCCUGGGCCGUCUCCAUGAGCAGGACCAAAGGGGUGGCCGGGGUGUGGGUGGGGCCCGGCCCCCCCAACAGGGGCUUUCUAAGCCCACCCGAGGAAUACCUGCUGAUGCCCAGCCCUCUUGUCUGCCAGCGAGCGAAACCGUACCUCAUCGUCAUGGUCACCACUGCUCCGGCCCACUGGCAGGCCCGCCAGGUGAUCAGGGAGACCUGGGGAGAGGAGACGGAGGUGAGGGGGCGGCGAGUCAUGACUUUAUUCAUGGUGGGCCAAAGCCUCGACCCUGGACUCUCCAAACAGCUGGUGGCAGAGGCACGAGAUCACGGCGAUGUGGUCCAGGGCCGCUUCUUGGACAGCUACGCCAACCUGACCCUGAAAACGCUCUCUCUGCUCGGCUGGGUCCACCGCUUCUGCCGAGAGGUGCCUUUCGUUGCAAAAGUGGACGACGACGUACUUUUCAACGCCGGUGCUCUCCUUCACUACCUGAACAGGAACCACAGGACGGAGAGUGACCUGUACCUCGGUCGGGUGCACGUGCGUGUGCCUCCAAAGCGCAAGCCCACGAGCCGUCACUACCUUCCCGCCCUGUCCUAUACCCCCGAGGUCUUCCCGGACUACUGUAGCGGAACGGCGUACAUCCUGUCCCGCGCUGCAGCUCGCAAGAUCUUGCAGGCGGCGUCCACAUUGCCCCUCCCAGAUCCGCUGCCACCGGAGGACGUCUUUGUGGGCCUGUCCGCCCUGGAGGCUGGCAUCGUGCCCCACCACUGCCCACUGUUCUCGGGUGGCCCUGGUGUGCCGUACAGCCGCUGCUGCUACCAGGCCAUGGUAUCCGUGCACCACACGUCCCCAGAAGAGAUGGUUCGCUUCUGGACAGAGGUGCACUCCAUACCGCCCUGCUCUUGGCUGAGCAUGAAGGCGUCCUUGGGUCUCUGCAAGGUCCGAGCGCUAGUGGGGAUGUGAGCUGGGGGACGACGCAGAUGUAUGGAGACCACCGCGUGUGUCCUAGGAGGACUCCGUUCACUGCACUUAACUGCACGCCAGUGGUGUAUGGACCCUGCACUCCACACCAACAUAAAACCAAGUGAAGAAAUUGCUUAUGAAUCGGAACUGGUAAAGGACAGUUCUUCACUUGAAUACCUUCAUUCUGCAUUAUCUCCAGCUUGAAUUUCACAGAUUUUACCUUUUACUUACUCAGCUUGACCUGUUUAUUUUAAAUGUAUUUAUUUACUUGAAUUAACACUGGGCUUAACACUUCAGUUUAUAGCAGGAAUGUAAUUAUGUCGUUUCAUGCUUGAAAGGAGCUGUUUUUAAACUACUGUUUAAGACAUCCUUAGUAGCAAUGUGACUUAGUCGUAUGGAAGAAGACUACAAAUAAUACUUGAAGAUACAAAAGGAAAGGUGCAAAUGAUGUAUGUCACUGUCCAUCGAUCACAUAAGCAGCAUCAUGGCAAGAGAUCCUGGAACAUCGUGAGAAUAAGACAUCAGUGGCAUUUUCAUUAAGCGAUACAAGUUUAUCAGAGGGGAGUAUAAAACAAGGGAUGCGGGGAAAAAAAACACGGGUUCCUCUUUAGAAACGAUGAAGAAAGUAUAAAAAUAAAAACAAAUAAUGAUGAUUCACAGCAUCAUC